AAAAUAAAAAACAAAGAAUCUAUGAAUAUGUCAAGAGUUUAGGUUGUCAUAAAACAUCAUUGUAUGUUCCAGCUUAUGCUUAGCUAGAUUCUUUCUCAACAUGUCCUUCCACUAUUUCAAUUUCUUUUCAUCAAACUCUCUCUCAAAAUAACAAAACACAGAUCCUCUCAGAUUUUUCUCCUGCUCAAGCUAUAACACUGAUAAAAAGAUCUUCCUAGGAUUCAAUUUGCUUCAAAAAGACAAGAUUUUUAGAAGCAAAACAAAAAACCCAUGAUGUUGGAUUGGAAAAAACAUGGUUUGUUUGUCUGUGUUUUGUAUAUGUUGUUACCUUUGUUAUGUUUUUGUGCAACUUUUGUUCCAUCAGAUAAUUACCUUAUAGAUUGUGGAUCAACUACAACCACUUCAGUUGGUAACCGUAAUUUCAGUUCAGAUAGUUUCCAUAAGAAGUUACUUUCAACUCAGCAAGAGAUUCUUGCUAGUACUAGCUCAAAAUCUGUUUCUGAUGUUGGUGAUGAAUCGCCUCUUUAUCAAACUGCAAGAAUCUUUACUGGAUCUUCAAAGUACACUUUUCCAAUUAACCAAAAGGGGAGACACUGGAUCCGGUUUUAUUUCUUUCCAUUUAUUUAUGAUAGAUACAAUUUGAAUGCUGCAAAAUUCUCUGUUGCAACACAAACUUUUGUUCUUCUUAGUGGAUUUACUGCUCAGAAGAGUCCUGUUAUGAAGGAGUAUUCUAUCAAUGUUAACACAGAUACUCUUGUUAUUACUUUUAAACCUUCUGAUGAUUCUGUUGCAUUUGUGAAUGCAAUUGAAGUUGUUUCAGUUCCGGAUGAACUCAUUGCUGAUGAGGCUCCUACCUUGAGUCCGGUAUCAACGUUUUCUGGAUUGGGGUUUCAGGCUUUGGAGACUGUUUGGAGGGUUAACAUGGGUGGUCCAGUUGUUACCUCUGGAGAGGACCCUCUUUAUAGAACUUGGAUUUCGGAUCAAAAGUAUCUUCUAGAAUCGAGCCUUGCCAAUGAUGUUUCAAAUCUUGUUGGUGUUGAUUUUGCGGAUGGAGGGCCGACAGAGAACAUUGCCCCGCGUAGUGUUUACGGUACUGUCGCAGAGAUGAACACGAACACGAGCGGUGGUGAUGCUAAUCUUAAUUUCAAUGUGACGUGGCAGUUUGAUACGGAGCCAGGAUUUCAAUACCUUGUUCGAACUCACUUUUGUGAUAUAGUCAGUAAAGGUCUCAAUACACUUUAUUUCAAUGUUUAUAUCGACUCGUUGACGGUUGUUAAGGAUCUUGAUCUUGCUUCUAAAAGUAGUAAUGUUUUGUCCGUUCCAUAUUAUCAAGAUUCUGUUACGCCUUUAGCCGACGGCAAUAAACUUCGUGUAAGUAUUGGCCCUUCCCCUUUGAGUAAGGACAGCCCUAAUGCUAUUUUGAAUGGACUGGAGAUCUUGAAAAUGAACAAUUCUAUAGGCAGUCUAAGUGCAGAUGCGGCAUCUGGUGCUGGGGGUACUACUUCUGGUUCGAGUUCUAGCAAGGUUGGUGUGAUAGCUGGUGUGAGUGUUGGGGUAGUGAGUGUAUUGGUCUUGGCCGGAGUUUGUUGUGUACUGUGCAGGAAAAAGAAGAGGUUGGCAAGACAAAGGCAGUCGAAGACAUGGAUUCCUUUAUCCGUGAAUGAUGCAACAUCCCAUACAAUGGGAAGUAAAUAUUCCAAUGGCACGACAAUAAGCGCUGCUUCGAACUUCGAGUACCGUGUCCCUUUUGCGGAAGUUCAGGAGGGUACAAAUAAUUUUGAUGAGAGUUGGGUUAUUGGGGUUGGUGGUUUUGGGAAAGUAUACAAGGGAGAGUUAAGGGAUGGUAGAAAAGUGGCAGUGAAGAGGGGGAAUCCGCGGUCCCAGCAAGGGAUUGCUGAAUUUAGAACUGAAAUUGAAAUGUUGUCUCAGUUCCGUCAUCGUCAUUUGGUGUCCUUGAUUGGUUAUUGUGAUGAAAAUAAUGAAAUGAUCCUGAUAUAUGAAUACAUGGAGAAGGGAACACUCAAGGGUCAUCUGUAUGGUUUGGGACUACCAAGCUUAAGUUGGAAGGAGAGACUUGAUAUAUGCAUUGGAUCUGCCAGAGGACUUCAUUACCUUCACACUGGCUAUGCUAAAGCGGUUAUUCAUCGUGACGUGAAGUCUGCAAAUAUCUUACUUGAUGAGAACCUAAUGGCUAAAGUUGCUGAUUUUGGAUUGUCAAAAACCGGUCCUGAGCUCGAUCAAACGCACGUGAGCACGGCUGUCAAGGGGAGUUUUGGGUACCUUGAUCCAGAGUAUUUCAGGAGGCAACAACUGACAGAAAAAUCAGACGUAUAUUCCUUUGGGGUAGUUCUGUUUGAAGUUCUUUGUGCAAGGCCAGUUAUAGAUCCAUCGCUUCCUAGGGAAAUGGUGAACUUAGCAGAAUGGGCAAUGAAAUAUCAGAAAAAAGGACAGCUGGAGCAAAUCAUCGAUACAGCUCUUCAAGGGAAAAUCAAAGCAGAUUCUCUUAGGAAGUUCGCUGAAACUGCUGAGAAAUGUUUGGCUGAUUAUGGUGUUGACAGGCCUUCCAUGGGAGAUGUCUUGUGGAAUUUGGAAUAUGCUCUUCAACUUCAAGAGGCCGUGGUUCAAGGUGAUCCUGAAGAAAACAGUACAAAUAUGAUUGGCGAACUAUCUCCACAAGUCAACAAUUUCAACCAGGACGCAAAUGUUUCUUCUUCUGCCUCUGCUGUGCCAUUUGAAGCUUCAACCGUUGAUGAUCUAUCUGGUGUUUCUAUGAGUAGGGUAUUCUCACAGUUGGUGAAGUCCGAGGGUAGAUGAAGUCCCCUUUUCUAAAUUAUGUAUUGCAAUAUUCUUUUUUUUUGUUUUUGUUGUUUUUCUUCAAAUCAGUAGCUCUCUUCCACCUAUGUAGCACCGACACUUCACAUUGAAGGUGUGUCUGCUGUCUGACAUUGACACACUACACUGACACUUACACAUGUGUUUACAUUCAAUUAUUCCACUUUUUCAAAUUAUUAUCAGUGUCGACGUGUCAGUUUCCGUGUCAGUGCUUCCUAGUUUGUCACAACAUAGAAGAUUGAGACACUUCAUAGAUCUGUAAAGAAAGAUGGAGUUAUUGAAACAUGCUUAAUUGGUAAUCAGAGGUUUGCACUGGUCUAUGUUAAAAAUUGAGUGCAAGUUGUGCAACUAUUUAGAUAUACUUUAUCAAUCAGAGAAAUAUCUGAAUCUAAAAUUUGGCAAAGUUCUCCCUCUAAACUGCCUAUAAGAAUUUAGUCACAUGUUUUUGUAUUUUUCUUUCAUAUGAAAGAUCAAGGCCUUCUGUACUUUCAUUUUGUUAUCAUCUAUCAUGUAUGUUAAUACAAGUUGAACCAUGGUUUAUUUGAUUUUCAUUCAUUUA